AUGCCAUCGUUCUCAACCGACGACACUGGCCCUAUGUAUUCGUCGACACGCCCCCCCUUUGAUCUUCCUAUCCAUCUACGAAACUCCCACGAGAAGCUAUCCGUCAAUGGUGCGAACGGCAUAAACGGUAGAUCCUCUACACAUAAUUCAACUGGGAAUGGGCUGGAAAAUGGAACAGAUGUAUAUAUCGACGGUGCUUCAAAUGGUAAUGGAACGACGAGCAGACAUCAAAUGAACGGCGAUAUUCAUCACGACGCAGCCUUGAACUCUUUACCGAAUGGCAGAUCCAGCGCAGGUAGUUGGGAUUAUAGGUCUCGAUCCUCGAUGAACAGCAGUACAUAUUCGGUAAAUGAUCAACCCAAUGGUACGGCCCAAAAUGGAAGGAGGAGUCCAGGACCUUCAAAUGGUUUUCAUAGAGUAUCGAAUGGUGCUGGAGAUAGAAAUUCAUUCGCGUCGACAAAUGGAACCAUAUCAAACGCUACCAUAGACGCAUCACGUCCAAUCACUACCAGUGAUAGUGAACGCCAAAAUAGAAUCCCGAGUCCUCAGCCAGCACCUAAUCCUCAUAGUACGGGUCCAUUAACUUAUCAAUCACCUUUACUACCCUCGACUCCUGUACCUACGACUUCAUUACCCAUACCCGAGACGCCUGCUCGAUCUACAAAUAAUUCUUCAACACAACGAUUUUCACCUCUGUCAAAUCCGCUACCUGCUUCACCUUCACAAAACUCUCUUCAACACCCCGGUCCUACGCAGCUGAAACAUCGGCAUACAUUAGAAGUACCCAAAGUUGGUCCGGCUAGAAAUUCCAGGGAUGGUAACGACGCGGUUUUCACAAGUGGAAGAUUCUCUCCGACCUCGGUAGCUACGGGUGCUAGACGUGGAUCUGCGAGUAUCAACAGACGAAAUACACAAUCGAUACAUUCCAAUAUGCCGCACGAGGAGGUCCCUCCAGAUGAGGAUGCGCUUAGAUGGGCAGAAGCUGUACGACAAAAGCGUGCAAGUAAGAGAAGAAAGAAGGAUGAGGAAGAUGAUGAUCGAGUCGUUGUUGGGACAAAGGUCGAUCAGCACCAUGUUAAUUGGGUUACGGCAUACAAUAUGUUGACGGGCAUUCGGUUUACUGUUUCGAGAACAAACGCGAAGCUCGAUAGGCCAUUGACUGAUGCAGAUUUUGAAGCCAAACACAAAUUCUCGUUUGAUAUCACCGGCAAUGAGUUGACCCCAUCGGCGAAGUACGAUUUCAAAUUCAAGGACUAUGCACCAUGGGUAUUUCGAAGUCUUCGAGCAAAGUUUAAGUUGGAUCCUGCGGAUUAUCUCAUGUCCUUGACGAGUAAAUAUAUUCUUUCUGAACUGGGGUCACCUGGAAAGAGUGGAAGCUUCUUUUACUUCUCCAGAGAUUACAAAUAUAUCAUCAAAACGAUUCAUCAUUCCGAGCAUAAGUUCUUGCGGAAGAUUUUGAAGGACUACUAUCGCCAUGUGGAGGAUAAUCCCAAUACUCUCUUGUCCCAAUUCUACGGACUUCAUCGCGUAAAGGUUCCUUACGGAAGAAAGAUACAUUUUGUGGUCAUGAAUAACCUGUUUCCUCCACACCGCGAUGUCCACCAGACCUUUGAUUUAAAAGGGUCUACCAUUGGACGAGAUUUUAAAGAGGAGAAUCUAGAACAAAAUCCCCGUGCUACACUCAAGGAUUUGAAUUGGCUUCGACGAAAUCUUCACCUCGAAUUUGGGCCAGAAAAAAGACGAGUUUUCUUCGAACAGAUGGAAAAAGACGUAGCAUUAUUACAAAAACUGAAGAUUAUGGAUUAUAGUAUGUUAGUUGGAAUCCACGAUUUGACCAAAGGAAAUGAGGAAAACCUACGAGACAAGACUCUACAAGUCUUUCAACCUGGAGGAGAUAGCCCAAUGGAUGACACUGGACCACCUGGACCUUUGAUGAGGACACCGAGUAAGCUGGAGAGUGCUAGGAAAGCCAGAGAAUUACGGCACAUCAUCAAGCAGGAGAAACCAAUUCCAAUGGGUCAAAGCAGUUCGCGAAUGCCGGACGAAAUUGAAGAAGAAAACAGGAAAGACUUCACGUUUUACAGUGACGAUGGCGGAUUCCGAGCUACCCAUGAAGAUAAUAGUCCUGGAGAAGAAAUAUUCUUCUUGUCAAUCAUUGAUUGCCUUACUCACUAUGGCACUCUUAAGAAGCUCGAACAUCUAUUCAAGGGUCUCAAGCAUGAUAAGCAAAAGAUCUCUCCCAUCAAUCCCCAACCUUAUGGCAGCCGUUUUAUAGAUUUCAUUGAAAGCAUUACAAAGUCUCAAGAAGAAGCCGCUCGGGAAGAAGAAUGUCCUCUCCCACCCGUACCUCACACAGACUCGAACCAUACCACUGCUUCCACACGCCGACGCUCAAAUAGUGCACACAUGCAUCGUACCGUUACGAACAAUGCCACCAAUCAACGCGCUGAGAAUGAAGCCUUUAGAACUGAGCAUGAUGGAAGACGAGACCAUGUUGAACCAAGAACCGUUUCGACACUCAGAAGUCCAAGUGCGGAGAGGACAAACGGGCUACAGGGACAAAUUCUUCCGGUUGUGGAGGAGAUGGGAGAGGCUAGUAGUACUGGAGGGAGGAGCGGACGGAGUAUUAGAAGUACACAUGAUGAGAGGAGACCAGCCACGCCUGCGAAAGAUUACCCGCCGAGCUUAAAUGGGAAUCAAGGGAGACCGCCGAGUUUGAGAACGACGAUUAGUAGGAGUAGCUUGGAGAAACGAUUACCGCCGCUGCCGCCGAAUGGGAAGGGAGUCGAACAGAAAGAUUCGGGGGUCGUGUUGCAUUAG